AUGGCCGCGCCCGCGGCGGGUGGAGCCCCGGGCCCGGCUUCCGCCGCCGCCGCCGCCGCCGCCGCCGCCGCCCCCGGCCCCGCGUCCGGCGCUCGGGCCCCUUCGCACGCACCGCGGAGACGCGGGGAUUCGCGGCGCCGCCAGGCCGCACUCUUCUUCCUCAGCAACAUCUCGCUGGACGGCCGCCCCGCCGGCCUCGGCCCCGCCGGGGAGAAGCCGCCGCCCCCCGCGCCGCCCGCCCCGCCGCCCCCCGCGCCGCCGCCGCCGCCCCCGCCGCCCCCCGCGCCCCCCGGCCUGCCCGGACCCGCGCCCGCCUCCGCGCACGCCGCCCUCGGGCUGGGGCUCGGCCUCGGCCUCGACGGGUCCCGGCAGAGGCGGCGCAUAACCUCCCAGCACUGUUCCCUGGAGUUUCUGGAAGACGUGACAGGAUGCAUCUCAGGUCCAAGAACCAAGCACAGCUCGGGCUCCCCAAGGCACAAGGGCCUGAAGAAGACACAUUUCAUCAAGAACAUGAGGCAAUACGACACCAAGAACAGCAGGAUUGUGCUCAUCUGUGCCAGACGGUCCCUUUGUGCCGCCUUCUCGGUGCUGCCCUAUGGAGAGGGCCAGCGUAUCAGUGACCUGCGGGUGGACAGUCAGAAGCAGCGGCAUCCCUCGGGUGGCGUAGCUGUGGCUUCCGAGAUGGUACUGGAGCUGGAAGGUGUGGAGCUGGGAGCUGAUGGCAAGAUUGUAUCCUACGCCAAGUUCCUGUACCCGACCAACGCCUUAGUGGCACCCAAGACCGAUAGCCAUGCCCUGCCGCCCCAGCUCCGGUCCAGCGGCCCCCGGACUCUGCCCACAUCCAGAUGUAAACCAGCCUCCAUCAAGGCGGUGCCAGCCAGCACGGAGUUAGGCAGUGACGUGGGGGACACCCUGGAGUACAACCCCAACCUCCUGGAUGACCCACAGUGGCCGUGCGGGAAGCACAAGCGGGUCCUCAUCUUUGCAUCCUACAUGACCACAGUCAUUGAGUACGUGAAGCCCUCAGACCUCAAGAAGGACAUGAACGAGACUUUCCGGGACAAGUUCCCACACAUCCGGCUGACCUUGAGCAAGAUCCGGAGUCUAAAGCGGGAGAUGCGCAGCCUGUCAGCGGAGUGUGGACUGGAGCCUGUCACUGUAUCCAUGGCCUACGUGUACUUUGAGAAGCUGGUGCUGCAGGGGAAGCUCCACAAGCAGAACCGCAAGCUGUGUGCGGGCGCCUGUGUGCUGCUGGCCGCUAAGAUCAGUAGUGACCUCCGCAAGAAUGAAGUCAAGCUGCUGAUUGAUAAGCUGGAAGAAAGGUUCCGCUUCAACCGCCGAGACCUGAUCAGCUUUGAGUUCACUGUGCUGGUGGCCCUGGAACUGGCCCUCUACCUCCCAGAGCCCCAGGUCCUACCUCAUUACCGCCGCCUCACCCAGCAGUCCUAGCUGCCCUCAGAUUCCCCUCCCUGGCCCCUGCUCCAGUCCAGAGCCCUUGUCCUGCGGCCCAGGCUGAUAGGUGGUCAUAGCCCUGCCGUGUCACUGUGAGAUGGGCCCAGACCCACCCCGUGUGGCCAUCCUGGCCUCUUGCCAAGGCACCAGAGCCUGUCCAUUGGCUGACACCUAAGCAAUACUAUACUGCAAGAGCCUGGGGCUAAGGGAUCAGAACUGGGCAUUCCCCACCCCAAACUGCUCAGUGUGCAAGGGGGUCACAGACCCCAAAGUGACCAAGAUCUCCUCCUUAUGGGGUGGUAGGUUCCAGGCACCACCCUAUUCUUAUUUAUCUCCCAGAUGGCCUGAACUCCCGUGUGGAGGGAGGCCAGGCCCUCAGUGCACUAGCAUUGCUGAUGGUAGUGGGCCUGGUCACCCCUCUGGUUUACAGCUCAGUUCCCUGGAGCCUGGAAGCUCCCCUAUUUAUGCAGCCCACAUGAAUGAAUGUUUUAGUGGCCACCUGGCUCUAGUCUAGAGACUCUUCUGUGUUAGAAGUAAAGGCGCAAAUUCUACCA